AUGCCAAUUCCCGGUUCUUUUCCUUCCUACGCUCCAGCUCCUGCCCCACAGGAACCCCCGCAGGUCCCUCACCACCAAUGGCGACAGCAACAGCAGCAACAGCCACAAGGAUACCCUCCGCAGCAAGGGUACUUUCCACCGCAACCGGUGCCUGCCAGUUCCGCUUCGUCGGCUCCACCCCCAGUUGACCUUAAGGGCCCACCGCUAGGCCCUAGUCACCCCCAGAUGCAGCAACGACAGAACGACAACCCGCGUCGCGAGGCUACCCAGCGAUAUAGGUCAAAUACUACCUCAACUCAUCACAGCCACGCAUCAACGCCGCCAACCUCGACUUCUUCUGGUCCCGCUGCUAAACCCACGAAAAUGGAAGAUGGAAAUAUUCAUUAUGAAACGUGGGGAGAUUUGGUUGAUCAUGGGCACGGAAAGGAGCCAAUGCCGAAGGAGAAGUUGGUGCGUUUGUUCCGGGAAAUUGCAAAUUAUAUCAUCAAAGAACGAACGCCAGCAGGGAGCAUCGUCAUCACUCCUGAAAAGAUGGUCGAUUUUUAUGCGGUAAAUGCUGUGGAUGGCGACGAUCAUAUGAAUUGGAAAGGUUACUUCACCAACCGGACAGACUCCUCCUUAUCUUCCAUUUAUAGGGUCUUGGGCUGCGAGCACUUUUAUGUCCCCAUCAGUCGUGAGCAGAAGCCCACUAUUCCGGCUCUGACUCCUCAGGGUUUUGAAACAUGGAUGUUUACUCAGCUCAUGACUCACCCUUCGCGUGAGGCGGCUCGGAUACAGAAAGUCGUGGCAUCGUGGCCGAUUCACGACACGAAGGAGGGUCGGAGAUUCCCGAAAUCCAUUCCAAGAUGCUGUUUCCCCGAGAAGGAGGACUCGGUGAUUUUCCAGGGAUGGUGGCGAGUAUGGGAAGAGUUUCCGCCUGAUUUUGAAGACGAAGAGGAGGAGCAAGCUCCUUUGGCUCUACCGGCGCCAGGCGAUAGUAAUGGUAACAGAUACUACGGGCCUCCUCCGCUCCACGGUCCCCUAUCGGGAGCCGAUUACGCCACCGCCACACCAAUGGCCAGGAAGAAAACCCAACAGAAAUAUCCGCCUAACCCACAGGAUAUGAAUGAUGAUGAGUUGGAUGCAUUUAUUGAGAGCGGAAAGGAUAAACCUCCUCCGAUGGAAAGACACCGUAAGCCCUAUGCAUCUAGUACCGGGAAUCCUGGAUGGAAAGAAGAACUAAACCCUCGUCCUACUCUCGGUGAAGACAAAGCAUCCUCGACACGGAACGGCCCUCCACCACCAUCUCGCCCGCAUACCUCUCAUGGCCAUCAUUCAUCACGAGAUGCUCGAGAGUUCCGAGAAGAACCAUACGCGAAACCAAGCCCCGAUAGAGACCCCCGUGACCCUAGAGAUCCGAGAGAUCCUAGAGACCCAAGGGAGACGCGAGACCCACGGGAUUUGUCGGAUUUACCCGAGGCUCCACUCCGGAGUAAGUCAACCCGUCGUGGCCAUCAACGAGAGCGUUCCGAAUAUCGCCGCCCUCACCCUCAUCGACACUCCCACUCCCACCACCGCGGUGGCGGUCGGCGCGACCGAUCUCCUGCGGAUGAGCAUGACCCAGAGUGGUCUGGGUCGAGUGGGGUAUCUGCCCAAACCCCCACCAGUGCCCCCGACGCUGGUGUCCCCAUACCAGGUGCCACUCCCGCCCCACCUCCCCUAGACGCUCAAGACCGACGGCCUCGUGCCCAGCGCAAGGCAGAUGAAGUUGCCCGAGUUGCACGUCAGCAGGAGGAGCUUCUCCGCGGGUAUGGGCCCCCUGGGCGCUAUGAACCCCCUGCCGAUGCAUACGAAUAUGAUGAGUUUGCGGGGCCGCCGCGGGGGCGGGGGGAGAGGGAUGAUAGGAGGGUGGCCGAGUACGCCUAUCAGGAUGAGUAUGACAGGGACCGACGCGCGCAGCCCGGGGGCGGGGCGGGGGUUGGUAGACGCAGUAGUCAUUAUGGCGGGGACAGGGGAAGGGCGAGAGAUCGCUCUUCGUACUGGGCCCCAUGAUGAUGAUGAUCCAAGAUUUGGAUGGGCCAUAUGGGCAGCGAUGGCGGUUGCCGCUUGGUUGUGAGAUGAUACGAUGUUGGUUUCUUGUCUUCCCCCUUUCAUCUUUCAUCACUGGAGGUAAAAGCUUUUGUGUCGUGGCUCUGGCUCUUGUUUUCCCGGGCCUUUUUCCUAUUCGAGCGUGUUUUAGUAUUAUUUCGUUUCAUCAUUUUUUCACUGGUCGUGAUAUGUAUGCCCUCUUCAUUUCUAUACGCCUGGUGUUUCUUUAUGAUAUGAACGAGUUGAUAGCCUGGGUAGUUAUUUUCUUUGGAAUCCAUUUUUCUUUUCUUUUUUCAAUUUCGAUUGUCUUGGUGGGAUAGCAUAGUGUACGAUACACUGAAAAGCUGAAUGGUGAAUAUCAUUGCCGUA